CCAGCAAAGGCAGUUGAUGGGGAAGCUUUUUAUUUUUAUUUUUAAAGGGACAGAACCGAUUUUUAACAAGCUUAAACGAACUGUUUCAACAUAAUUAGUCGUUUGGGAAGUUAUUGGACACGGGAAAGAUGAGGGUAAAGACUGUUAGGACAUGAAAAUAAGAGGAGGAAUCCUAAAGCCUCUCCUUUCGCUGUCUCUUGCUCUCAGCAACACUACCCUUUGCUAACGUUAGCUACCCUCUCCCUGUGUUUCUGCCUUGGCCCUGGUUGGAGACAUUUCAGUGGACAGGGCUCUCGGUUCAAAUAAAGCUAGCGAGAAGACAAACUUAGUUGUUUUUCGGAUCAUGUUUUAUCACCCCACACAACUAAGAAAUCCUUAAGGGAGCAUGAGGACACCUCAGAAUAAGCCAUCAUACGGCACUGCACAGUGUUGACCCCAGCCCCCCCUCAAUGGGUCCCCUAGGAGAAUCCACCUCAUCUAGCUCGGGUUAAAACAAAAUGACGAAGCACCCUCUCGUCUGACCAGCAGCCCGUUGUGCUGAACGGUCCAUUUAAGGACAGUCAUCCCACCCCCCUUCCCCCCCAAUCCACCCCAUCUCCACACACCCCCCCCCCCACUCCUUACCCCCGUCCCCCACUCCGCCCUCCGCCCCCGACUAACCCGGGUGGCCUUUCGGCCUAAAUUAUGUACUUGCAUGAACUGCCUCCCUGUAUCCGUGUGGUUCCCUGUUGUUCUAUGAAGCGUUCUCUUUGUGUGCCAUUCUGAGGAAACCGCUUCAGCCUCCAUGGCUGUGGAUGCCCGAGUCAGUCGUGGGAACUUCUGCCGGCACUCAGCGAAGUCAUGAAACAACGGCAGCAGGGCGGUCAGCUUCGCCCGUGAGUCUGGCCUCGAACCCCCCUCCAACUCCCUCCCCAAACCCCCCCCCCUUCACCUCACCUCACCUCACCUCACCCCCGUGUGUUGUCUCUACGUUGACGACACUUGCGUAUUUUUGUGUCAAGGGGUAGAGAAAGCAUAGUUGUUUCUAGUGCGCGAGCCUCUCCGGGUCGCCCCCCACCCCUUACUACCGCACGCCACUUCUGCUGCUGCCGCCGCCGCCGCCUCUUCCCGAAGAAGACAAAGAUGAUGAUAAGUUGUCCGAGGACACUGAAGGACGUGUGAUCUCUCCCGAGGAGUCAUUUGCUAAAUCCCCAGAACAAUGAAUGGAGGGAAAGAGUGCGACGGAGGGGAUAUGGAGGGGCAGCCAAGCCUGGCUCAGGUGCCCAUUGGCUGGAAGCGCAAGGCGGAUCCCACCGGGGUCCUUUAUAUAAGUCCCAGUGGCUCUGUGCUGUCUAGCCUGGAGCAGGUGAAGUCCUACCUGCUGACGGAUGGGACCUGUAAAUGUGGUUUGGAGUGUCCCCUCAUCCUCCCUAAGGUCUUCAACUUUGACCCCGGGGCUGCGGUGAAGCAGAGGACGGCGGAGGAUGUGAAGGCCGAUGAGGAUGUCACGAAGCUCUGCAUACACAAGAGGAAGCUCAUCGCCGUGGCUACUCUGCAUAAGAGCAUGGAGAUGCCCCAUCCCCCGUUAGGUCUGACCAGUCCAGGAGUGGCUACAGGAGCUGCAGCAGGGGGCGCAACUCGUUCAGCAGCCCCAAGAGCAAUAAGGAACAAGUCCCACGAGGGCCUGUCCGGGCCAGGCCAGGCGCCCGACCUCAAAAACCCUUUCAAGAUGAUGAUGGCGGCAGGUGCUCGGCCGUACCCGCACCCUCACCCACACCCGCACCCUCACCCACACCCUCACCCUCACCCGCAGGACAUGAGUGCAGUGCACCACCACCACCAACUGCAGCUCCAGCUCCAACACCAACACCACCAGCAGCAGCAGCAGCAGCAGGAGCUGUACGCUGGUUACCAGAGGCAGAGGCUGGCGAGCGGCGAGCCGGGGCCCAAGUCGCCGUACCGUGCCGCGGGCCACCACCACCACGCCAGCAUGCUCAGCCCGACCUCCAGCGGCUCGCAGGUGUACGGGGACAGCCCGCUGUCGCCGCGGACCGAUCCCCUGGGCAGCCCGGACGCCUUUGCCCGGGCAGGGGGCAACCCUUGCGCUUUCCAGGGGGGCAGUAGCCCCGUGCCCAUCCAUGGGGGGAACGGCCGGACGCCCCUGUCGCCGCCGGGAGUCAUGCUCCACGGCUCGCCCGCCUCGCAGGCGUCCUGCGUCAUGGCGGGAAGGACUAACACACCCCUCUCGCCCCCUAAUGCCACCAAGAGCCCCAUCAUGAAGAAACCCAUGUGCAACUUCCCCCCUGGCAUGGAUAUGACCCGAGCAGUAUUUCACCACGGGAAGGGCCAGCCCGCGCCCCACCCGCCCCCCACACCCCCUGCCAUGCCCCCGGCCUGCAUCCUCCAGAAGAAGCCGCUGAGCUCCGAGAAGGACCCCCUGGGGAUCCUGGACCCCAUCCCAAGCAAGCCGGUCAACCCCAACCCCAUGGCCAACCCCAACUCCGGCUUCCCUCCUGGCGUCCACUCUCAGGUACCAAUGAUGAAUGUAAACAUCCCUCCUGCCAUCGUCCCGUUGCCGAGCAACCUCCCGUUGCCCACGGUGAAGCCCGGGCCGGUCGGCCACGGCGGCCACCUGCAGAGGACUCAGCCGACGUCAUCGGCAGCGGCGGCGGCGGCGGCGGCGGCAGCAGCCGCUUCCAUCUCCCCGUCCCCCGUCACCUCCCCGGUGCACAUGGCCGCUCCGGCGCCGCACGGCCGCCUGGAGUCGUCGCCGCAGCAGCAGCAGCGCUCUCGCUCGUCCUCCACCUCGUCCGACCACGGGAGCUUCGCCAUGCCCUCCUCCGGGCCCCAGGCGUCCUGCGGCAGCAUGAAGGUCCCUCCGCGCUCCCCCAGGUCCUCCCUGGGCUCCCCCCGGCCAGCCGUGCCUUCCAGCCCUUCCUCGGCCAAGCCGGACGCUCUGCACCAAUACAAAGACGUGCCCAGCCAGCUGCUGGCGGGCAUGGGCAAUUCCCUUGGCGCCCAGCACAACCCCAUGUUCCCCCCUCCCACCUCAGUGGCCAGUGCUAGCUGCGGUACGGGCGGUGGCAGUAGUGGCGGAAGUGGUGCAGCUGGUGGUAGUGGCGGGGGUAAUGCCCAGAAGAACCACCCAGGCCUUCUGGGAAUGCCCCUCAACCAGAUCCUCAACCAGCAUAACGCAGCCUCCUUCCCAGCCAGUAGCCUUCUGUCAGCGGCAGCCAAAGCACAGCUAGCGAAUCAAAACAAAGUGGGUGGCGGCAGCGGAGGAGGAGGAGGAGGAGGAGGAGGAGGGGCGGGCAUGGGCAGCAAUGGCGGUGGCGCAGGCGGAGGUACGGGUGGUGGCGGUGGGCAUCCUUGCGGCAAGGGAGUGGAUGGGCACAGCACUUUAAACCCAAUGCUCCCCCCUCCCAACUCGGCCAUGCUGCUCAACUCCGUGGGCGCCGAGAGCGGGCAGAGUGGCCGUGCCGCCCUGAGAGACAAGCUGAUGGCGCAGCAGAGGGACCCGCUCCGCAAGCGCAAGCAGCCCGGCGGUGGCGCCGGAGGUGGUGUUGGAGGAGGAGGAGGUGGUGGUGGCGGCGGAGGUAGCGUCGGGCCCAGUCACCACGACAGCAUGGUCUUCAGCAUGCUCAAGCCCGAGAUGGCCGGCCACCCACGCAUGCCCGGCGGCCCCCCUCCCCCGCCUGAGCAGAUGCGGAAAGCGCAGUCGCGGCUCGCUGGCCUGCCCCCCAACACCUCCAUGGCCCAGCUGCUCCAGUCCAUGAGCUCCCAGAACUCGCACAUGGCCCAGAACGUCAGGAUGGGCCCCGGGCCUGGAGGGUUAGGAGGACCUGGACCCGGACCGGUGGGGCCCGGUCUCGGACCGGCUCAGAUGCACUUUGGCGACGGGGUGAUGUCGGGCGGGCCGGGCCACCAGAACCUGCAGGCACAGCAGAGGCUCCACGGCCCGGGCGACGGCAUGCGCUGCCCCAGCAUGAGUGUCCCCGGCCAGGGCCCCCAGAUGCCCUACGGCGGAGGGAUGAUGAACCAGAUCCAAGCCUCGGCUAUGGGGGGCGGCGGAGGUGGCCCCGGCCCCGGCCCCAUGGGGCAAGGCGGACAGCACCCCAUGAAUAACCCUGCAAUGAACCACCCGAGCGCUCACCCACAGCAACUGUCUUACCUACAGCAUCAACAGCAGCAGCAGCAGCAGCAGCAGCAGCAGCAGCAGGGACAUCCCCUCAGCCAUGGACGUGCAAGUGUCUCAGGGAUGAUGCUAAGCAGCAACGACGGAAGCUGUGCCCAGGCCAUCUCUGAGCCAGGUGACGGCUCGUCCAUGAACUGCAUGCCCAACCCCCAGAUGAGUGGCCUGCAGGCUCACGUCAACACCUCCAGCCACAUGUACCCUCCACAGGCCACGCUCCAGCAGCAGCAUGCCCAGCAGCAGGCACUCCACCCUGGGCUGCAGGGCAUGCACGGGGGGCCCCCCGGCUUCCAGGGCCAGCACGUCUACCAGGAGAGCCUCUACAUGGACGGCUCCUCAUCCAACUCCAUGGCUUGCCUUUACCAGAACUAUCAGCAGCCCCACCCCCAGAUGAGCUCCCAGCCCCUCAGCUCUCUGCCUGAGGAGGACCCUGCCAUGCAGCACUCUCUGCAGCAGCAGUACCAGGCUGCCCAUCACCACCACCACCAACAACAACAACAACAACAACAACAGCAGCAGCAACAGCAGCAGCAGCAUCAUCUACAGCACCAACAACAACAACACCAACAACAACAACAGCAGCAGCAGCAGCACCUCCACCAACAACAACAACAACACCACCUUCAACAACAACAACAACAGCAACAGCAGCUCCACCAUCAGCAGGCGCUGAGAGACAUGAAGGCUCAGAACCUUGAGUCCAUGAGUUCCGCUGGGUCGAGCGGCGGCGGAGGCAACGGCGGUCCUGAGUCGGUAGACGCCAUCUACCGAGCGGUAGUGGACGCGGCCAGCAAGGGCGUGCACGUGACCAUCACCACGGCGACGGCGGGCGGCGGCACGCAGGCCAGCCCCGUGACGGCGCUGAGCGCCAUGAGCGCGUUCACCGCCUCCAUCGGCGAGCCGCACGGACCCACGGGCCUCCAGCAGCAGCAGCAGCAUCACCCCGGCAACGUCAACGUCAACGCCGCCACCGCCAUGCACGGCCAGCAGGGGGAACCCUCCGUCACUGCCAACCCCUCCACACGAGGUCCCGGCGCUCGGCAACCCCGGCCCGGCCGUCCGCGUAAGAACUCGGAGCAGGGUCGGAGUCCCCCCGAGGCGGCCGACGCGGUGCCUCACGAGUACUUCCGCUCGCCGUCGGGCGGUAGCGGGGGCGGGGGAACUCCCAGGGGCCAAUGGGACGGGCUGGACGCGGUCGGACAGACACAGUGGCCGGGAGGAGGGAGCGUGGCUGGGGCUGGGGAGGAGUUCUUAGAGUGCUCCACGCACGUACGCAGCAGCCCGGCCCAGCCGCCCUCGGCUUCCGCCGCCGCCGCCGCCGCCGCCAUCGACGGCGGGCCUCACGACACGGGUCUCCAGCCGGACCGGUCGUCCGCCUCGUACCUGGAAGAGAGCUUCCGCUUCAGCGGAGGAGGUGGUCAACGCACGCCGAUCAACUUCAAGGAGCGCCUGGACCAGACGGUGGAGCGCUGCGCUCACAUGAACGGCGGCGGCGGCGUCGCUCCUCCUCCGGUCCCGACCGGCCGCGUCGUCUACAGCGACCCGCUCGGCCCCCCGCGCCACGAGCUGACGGGGGACGACCAGUCGCCCAGCUCCUCCACCAGCCUGGAGGGCCCCCUGGCCAAGGACUACGGGCACUACAACGGGCACUACAACGGGCACUGCGCGCCCAGCCCGUCGGACACGCGCAGCCUGAGCAGCGAGGAGGAGCUGCGCCACCCGGACUCUCCCGCUCCGGAGCUCCUGCACUACCGCCAGCGGGCGUUCAGCAUGGGCGAGCUGGUCUGGAGCCAGAUCAAGGGCUUCCCGCCGUGGCCCGCUAAGCUGGCGGGGGCCGAGGAGCAGCUGCACAAGCCCACCAUGCAGAUGUCCGAGCCGGGCAAGGUGAGGCGCCAUACCUCCCCUUCCUCUUCCCUAUCACUAGAGAGCCCAAUUCACAUACACAAGGUGGAACCUGAGAAACUAAAAACACUAACGCAAGACCUGGAGGCUUUGGAGAGGGUUGCCAAGAUGAAUAGAAAAUCUGGGAAGCUGAAUAAUCAUUUGGAAGCUGCUAUCCAGGAGGCCAUGAGUGAGCUGGACAAGAUCAGCACUGUUCACCAGAUCCCGACGCGAGACCGCCAGGUCCGGCUACCCAAACCGAAGCGGAGGAAGAUCUCCAGAUAACAUUGAGUCCUGUGGGGUAGCAGUCAAUGCGGUAUCCAGCCUCAAAGGGGGUUGUGUUUAACACUCACUCACACACCCACCCACCCACUCACACACACACACACACACACACAUACAGUACGUACACACACACACACACACACACACAUACAGUACAUACACACACACACACACACACACACACACACACACCCUCUCCAUCCUCCCUUUCCCCCUUUAGGUGCUACGACCCACAGUGGUGCAGUGGUCUCCGGAAUCCUUCUCUCUCUGACUGACUGACAGACUGACAGUGGAGGUGCUGGAUAAGCCAAUCAGAAAACUGCAAAGAAAAAAGGUUUUUGGGAGGAGAGAGAGAGAGAGGGGGAAAAAAACACUCAAAAUGGUUGCAAUUUGUCUACAGCUCGCUGAAGAACUAUUUUUUUCUAGAACACAAGAUGAUGACAAAAACUUGAAAAAAAAAUACAAAAAAUGAAAAAAUAUUGCAUUUAAGAAAAAUAGACAGUCCAAAUAUUUCUGAUACAUUUUCAAUAUGUAUAUAGAAAACAGAAAAUUUCAUGGUGAAAUUCAGAGAAGAGAAAAGCAAAACUGUAAAUACUGUACAAUAAUGCCAUGUACAAGCAGACUUAAUGCACACUCUAUCUUUUAUUGUACAAAAGAAAAACAAGAAAACUCUCAAACCAAGCAGAGGUGUACCAAUGUCUUUGGUUUUUAUUCAGCACGUGGGCAAUAUGGCCCACGUUAGCAAGAGAACGGACUGAAGAAGAAAACACAAGACAGCCUACAGCUUUUAUAUGAUCAUGACAUAGAAAAAUGCGCUGUUUGUUGUUUUGUUUGUUUAUUUGUUUGUUUGUUUGUUUAUUGCUGUUUGUUUUUUGUUUUUUGUUUUUUUCUGUCCCUAAUCAAGCAAGAGUGGGAGGAGUUAGCCUGCUUACCCCCCCACACCCCGGUGUAUGACCGACCCCUCUCACUCACACACACUAAUGCGUGUUGGUAUGUGUCUGAGUCCAAACAGAAUGAACUUUACCAGCCGUACCAGGUCCUCAGGGAGGGCCUGAUCUGACAGCACUCACACCUCAGCGCUGCUGCAAGGUCUCUGCACCACGAUAGACCCCAAUAUAAGAGGAACGUUUGAAAACACACUCAAAAUUGUUGAAAUCAUCACCAAAAGUGGCCACACACGCAAGUUAAGUCAUACUAUUUAUCACUGCUAAAUGCCAAUUGCCAUUGAUUGAUUGAUUGAUUGAUUGAUUGAUUGAUUGAUUUUAAUGAUGGCAUAUAACAUUGCUAUCAGCUUAACUCCUCCGCGUGUGAAACACUUAGUCAGACCCCCUUGUAAGACCUUGCUGCACCGCACAGGAAGUGCUGUGUGAUGUCACCGGCUGGUUCUAUAUCAGCAAGGUGGAGGAUAUUCUAUCUGCAGUUGGGGGCCUUAUAAUUUUUGUCUUUUUGUUGUAAAUUAUUUAUGUACAGUAUUCUGAUAUUUAUUUGAAUCACACAUUUAGAGUUGGCAAUAAUACAACCCGAGAGUUUGAAUACUCCGAGAAAGCCUUAUACAUGUAUGUACAAAGCAUAUAUAUAUAGAUAUAUAGAUAUAUAUAUCUCUUGCACAGAGAGGAACAAACUUUGUAUUCAGUAUUAUUCACUUUUAGCUGUUAACAGAAUAUCUCUAUAUAUGAUUUUCAGUUUUAUUUAAAGUGUUCAAUGGGUGCAGUUGUCAUAUUGUGUUGCGCAGUUUUCAGCACUGUUACUUGGUGUCAUGGUAGUCUUGUAGCAACUCAAGUGCAAAAACAAAUUUGUUGCUUCCCGUCGACAAAACUGUCUCCAGUAACCGGUCUCGCGUUUCUCAGAAAGACCAGUCAUCGGGGCUACAUUUCACAGACCAACCCUAUCCUCACAGAGAUGUACUCUUUAAGUUGUGGGUGCGUGUCUUCGCCUGUGUGGCUGUGUUACGUGUGAGAGUACAGUACUUCUAAAAACAUUUUUUAAAGAAAUAUAUAAUAUACAUAUGUCAACCAGUCAGUAUCCUAUCAGUAAAUAUGCCAUUCAGCUCCCUGACGGAGACUGAGACUGAGAAUGGUAUGUUAGUGGGAUGUUUGUACUGUACGUUGCUUGGAGAUGUUAGCCCUGUUCUUAUAGAUCAAUGUACUCGUUUGUAUUACAGUCCAGCUCGCUCUUUGGCUAAAACGGUUCCAGGGCACUGGCCACGGCCGAGAGUUUUAUUAGAAACACUACAGUACGCUUUUCAUUUCAAACCGUUACAUCCAUGUAGUGUGUACUAAACUACAGAGAUGCAGAUGCGUUAGUCACAAGGUGAGGAUCUUAAAUUCAGAGAUUUGGAAUCUUAAAAACUUGAUCUCUAACUACAAAAAUGUGUCAACUUUAUGUGAUUAAUGGGAUCAUGUUACACUGAGAAAUACCCCCCCCCCCCCC